AUGAGGAUUGCUCAUUCCGAAAAGGAGUUUCUGGACCAACUAGAAUCAGCAAGGAGAGAAGCAAAGAAGUCUUUUAAUGAUGAUGCAAUGCUGAUUGAAAAAUUUGUAGAUAAUCCAAGGCAUGUUGAAGUUCAGGUAUUUGGUGACCAGCAUGGCAAUGCAGUGUAUUUGUUUGAAAGAGACUGCAGUGUGCAAAGGAGACAUCAGAAAAUCAUCGAAGAGGCACCAGGGCCAGGAAUUAGUCCAGAGGUUCGAAGGAGACUUGGAGAAGCUGCUGUCAAAGCAGCUAAAGCAGUGAAUUAUGUGGGAGCAGGUAAGUCUAGGGAG